UCUAAAAGUAUUUACAUCCCGCUGCGGCCAGCUGUUCUUCCAAGCCCAUGUACAAGCUACGGUAGCUUUAACUAUCGCAAUCCGAAAGGGAAAAGAGAGCGCGGGAGAAAUGUCUACCCUAAUCGAGAUAGGUGAAGAAGAACGACAACCUCUUCUCCACAAUCCUCGUACCCAUGGAAACGAAGAAGAGAUAGUCGCUUCCUCAUCAUCCAUCGAACCAGAUGCUCUUAAACUUACUCUCAACGACUCUGGUCAACGGCUUCUAUCUCUCGACGUAUUCCGUGGCCUCACCGUCGCGUUGAUGAUUUUGGUUGAUGAUGCUGGAGGGGCUUUUCCAUCUAUCAAUCAUGCUCCAUGGUUCGGCCUGACUAUUGCCGAUUUUGUGAUGCCAUUUUUUCUUUUUGGUGUUGGGGUCUCUAUUAGCCUGGUCUUUAAGAAAACUUCGAGCAAACCUUUGGCUACAAAGAAAGUCAUAUUGAGGACCAUCAAGCUCUUUCUGCUGGGCUUGUUUCUGCAAGGUGGGUAUUUUCACGGGCGUAACAAUUUAACAUAUGGAGUAGAUAUGGUCACGGUACGAUGGCUAGGUGUACUACAGAGGAUAUCAAUUGGAUAUCUGCUAGCUUCAAUAUCAGAAAUCUGGCUUGUUAAAAAUGUCUUGGUUGACUCUCCAGCAGCAUUUGUUAGGAAAUACUUUGUUCAGUGGAUUGUUGCUACCCUACUAUUAUCAUUUUACAUGUGCUUGCUCUAUGGCCUUUAUGUUCCAAACUGGGAAUUUCAACCUCCAAGCCUGAACCUGUCCACGAAUGGAUCCCAUGCUCAAAUUGUACAGUGUGGAGUCAAGGGGAGUCUUGAACCUCCAUGCAAUGCAGUUGGCUAUAUCGAUCGGUAUUUUCUGGGUGAAGAACAUCUAUAUCGGCAUCCUGUGUACAGAAGAACAAAGGAAUGCAGUGUUAAUUCUCCUGACUAUGGGCCUCUGCCACCAGAUUCACCUGAAUGGUGUCUUGCUCCGUUUGAUCCUGAGGGCAUCUUAAGGAAUUUCUGCAGUUCAUUAAUGGCUGUCCUCACUUGUUUUGCUGGAUUGCAUUUUGGACAUAUACUUCUGCAUUGUAAGGGGCAGAUGCAUAGAGUGCUUGUGUGGUCUAUGUCUUCCUUUACGUUACUAAUUUCAGGAUUGGGUUUGGAAGUGCUAGGCAUUCCUUUCUCCAAACCACUGUACACGUUGAGCUAUAUGUGCAUCACUGCAGGAGCAUCUACCUUGAUCUUAACCAUUAUCUUUUACAUAGUAGAUGUCAAACAUUUUGGAAAACCUGUGGUGUUACUUCAGUGGAUGGGAAUGAAUGCUCUCAUAAUAUAUGCUUUGGCUGCUUGCGAUAUUUUUCCAGCAGCUGUUCAAGGUUUCUAUUGGGGUUCACCAGAAAAUAACUUGUUGUCAUCAAGCUUGACGCUGAAAAUAUGUAUAAGUUACUGGAUGAAAACACUGCUUGGACAUUGCAUGCUAUUUCUAAAGUUGAUAUUUCGAGUGUUGAUGGCAUGGAAUCAUUGUUACAGGCCAUGCUUCAUUCAAGCAAGUGGGGUACCCUCGCAUUUGUAUUGCUCGAGAUCUUAUUUUGGUGCCUUGUUGGCGGUUUUUUGCACAUGAAAGGCAUAUAUGUAAAACUCUAGGAAAAAAAAAUGAAAUAUAGAGUCAAAACGUCUGAUAUGUUUGUUACCCAUGUAUAUAUUUUGCUACACUUGUGCUAGGAUACAUUACUCUUGAACAUCAACUGCACUUUUAAAAAUUUCGAGCAUAAUUUUUUGUUUUGGCACUGUAAAAAUUUAUAGCAGCCUUUCCCUGAUCUGAUCAGGUGACGGAACUCUGACCUUCGAUUGGAUGUUUUUCUAAUCUGUAAAAUAAACAAAGGAUAGGACGAGCACGAACAUGGCGGGAACUACCCACAAUUGAAAGUUGGUCUCCAACCUUAUGGGAUUUUACAUAAAAUUUCUCUUGAAAAUGUCUAGCUAUAUGCUGCCAAGACUGAAGGUGCUUGUGCUGGGCUGUUGGAUUGUAGGAUUGGAACAUGAUUAUGUAGGAAGCCAUUUCAUCGCAAGCUUAAAAGGUGUUUCGAGGUAGAGACAACAAAAAUCUUUCAAUAAUAGCUCAUUCUUAUUUCUUUUCAAUAGGAAAAAAUGGGUGGGAAUCAUAAAGCAAAAGCUUUAUGCUUGCGGGCUGCGGCUUCUUACUAUUCAUGUUAGGCGACAAAAGUGUUAGUCCAAAAAGCAAGGAAGUUCACAUGGCUUAAGCUGAGGAACAUUAUUUCGUCUGAUAUUCACUGUAAUAGCAUUAACAAAGAUUUACCAAAGGUUGAUUUGCCGUACUAGAAUGACUGACUUCGGACCAAUCGUUGAAUUUUUGGGAUCCCUUGAUAUUACCUUUGUCAAUCAUUGGAUGAUAUGCAGCACUGGAUUUUUCCUUUCAACAUGCCUAGCAAAUAAUCAUUAAAUAUUUUCAAUGAAUGAUGAUUGGUUCAAGUGAUUAAAGGUUUUUCUACUAUGGUAUAUUUAUUUUCUUCCACUCAAAGACACUAAUAACUUCUUUGUUGGUAAAAGAGAUUUUCUCUCUCUUUCGGCAAAAAAAAUGUUUGCUUGAAGCAUUUCUUUUUCCCAGCCUCAGAUUCCAUCACCAUCAUCAGGGGUAAGCUCUCAAAAAGACAGAUGCGCUCUUUAGUCAUCUUUUCUUUUUACUAUACUCUAUAAAAAACCAGAUGCUUGCCCUAUUUCCAUGCAUCUUCCAGCUGCCUUUCUUUCCUCCCCAAAAACUCGUUCCCAUCAUUGAGAAAGGAAAAGCAUAAAAUGGCAACUGAGAAAGCCAAUGCUGAUCAGACCUUGGACACCCAGACUUACAGCACUGAAGAGAAUUCCACAGAGCGAUCAGCAUCUAGCCAUGAAUCAGCUAAGUUCCAAUUCAGUAAAGCACUUGCACAUAGAGCAGUUUAUGGCUCAAGCAGCAGCCGCGGCACAGGAAGCAGAAAGGUCAGAAGCAAUGAUGCUAGAUCAUUACCAAGCAGGCUAAGCAAGGUUUCAUUGGCUGAUGAUGAUUCUGAGAACUAGCUAGGUUAACAGAAUGUUUUAUGUUCCUUAUUAGAUCAUGUACUCCAGCUCUAAGUUAGAUGCAGAAGUUUCAUUCUGUCCCAUGAAAAUGCUGAUAAACUUGUGACAUUUUGAUUGUUUGUUUUAUGAAGCUAGAAGUAGGGUGCUGCAAUAUCUCAAAACCCAAUUCCUUGGUAAAAGCUAAUGCCUUAAUAGUUAAUUCUAGAUCCUGAAUCUGCAGCUAAAUUAAUGACAGAACUUGUAGAUCCAUACUCUCCGUGUCUUUAUCAGCAGAAGCUUAUUAAUUCUAAACUAAAGCUAAUUGAUUCAUGGUGUCAUUUCCUCUUUUCGGCAUUGCGAAAAAGAUUGGUAUAUGAAAAAGUUGAAACUUGCAGUAACAAAAACAUCCUUAUUAAUAUUACAAAGUAGCUACAAAUUUCUGCAGAAAGAGGAAGGAAAAAGUGGAAAAAUUAAGGCUUGACAGUCCCAAGAACAUCAUGUUUAAAUCACCCAAAAGAACUAUGGCAAUCUAGUCCACAUCAAAACUUCAACCAAACUUUAAGAGGGCAGCGGCGCCAAAUAUUGCA